CCUUGCUCCAUCAGCGGGCUGAUUUGAUCCUAUCGUGUGAAUCUGCUCCUCAGAACAUGGUGAUAAAAAGGCUCUCCAACACCAUCACACUCUACCGAAACAACACCAAAGCCGUGGCCGGUGCUCCUCGGCCUCUGCUCGUACUUUUUCCCUGGCUUGGGGCCAAACCCCGAGCCGUGGAGUGCUACCGGCAGAUUUACUACCCGUACGGCUUUGACAUCCUGACUGUGGAAAGUAACAUUCUGCACUUCCUUUGGCCACGGUAUGGCCUGUCCUAUGCCUCGGAGGUGUUGGACUUACUCCACAGUGAGCCCUUGUCCUCCCACCCCCUCGUCAUUCAUGCAUUCUCCAUCGGAGGGUUCCUCUUUGUCCAGAUGAUUGUAGCCACACUGAGAGAUGCGCCGCGUUACUCGGGCUUCGAGGCGAGAAUUAUGGGGCAGAUCUUUGACAGUCUGGUUGUAGGAGAUGUGGAACUAAUGGCGAAAGGGGUGGAGCUUUAUGCUUGUUUUGAGAAUCUCACUCAGCUCUCACUGUUUCAAUUUGAAAUCAACCUGAAUUCUGACCAAGUGAGAUUGAGAACGAUCAAUGGGCAGCUUCUGGCACAGCGGAGGCAAGUUGCCAUCUUGGCUGAUGGGAAAGACACUGAGGAGACCACUUAUUUCACCAUGAAGUGGUGUCAAGGCAAAGUAACGUUACAAGCUGCUAAUAAACAAUACCUGACAAUGAAACCCAUUGGACAGAUUGUAGCCAGUGCUCAGCAGGCAGGACCAAAUGAGAUGUUCACCGUGAGGCUGGUGAACCGUCCCUUCCUGAUUCUACGUGGUAAAUAUGGUUACAUUGCUACCGAUUGCCACUCAGACCAGCUACAGUGCAGCAGAAGUAACUAUGAAAUCAUCCGAUUGACACACUGCAAAGGAGACUUCUGUCACUUCCAAGGGAACAAUGGGAAGUUCUGGAGCAUGAGAACCAAUGGCAUUUUCUCCGUCUCAGGAGAAACUCCCCUGGAUUUCUCCAUCGAAAUCCACGCGGACAACCUUCUAACAGUCAAGGCUCCAAAUGGUUGCUAUCUGUGUACUGACCGCAAUGGCAUACUGAGAGCAUCAAACACUACUAUCAACAGUGACAGUUUGUGGGAAUUCUAGAACUUAUCCAGACAGAGGUGAGCCAGAGAUUCAGAGGAAUAUCGGGCCAAAAGUUGAGAGUGCAACAGGACAAAUUGUUCCCCCUCGAUGAAGAAGAUGGUUGUGGAAAUUGUGCCGUCUAUCUGAGACUUUCUGUUCAAUGUUGUGCUUGUACCUAAAGUGAUUCCUAUAUUUCCUGGAUAAUGAGGGCUGAGGUCUUAUUUUUGGUAGGUUUAUUGAGGGGAACGCAUUCUAUUUUUUAGUCUCUUUUUUGCUAAUUUGGUCUUCAAGUAAUCAUGAAGCCUGAAUGCCAAAGGAAGAGGAAAUGGGUGAGUGGGUUGCUCCCAAAUAACUAGCAAUCCCACAAGCACAAUCCAGAAUGGCAUCCUUUUCUCUCUCCUCACCUGUGUUGGGAGAGCUGAAUUGCCAACAGGUAUAUUAUCUUUUUUAAAAGGAUGUGGGCAUAACAGGAAUUUAUUGCACUGUGAAAUUGGUGGUGAGCUAUUGGAGCAGCUUUCUCAGCCACAGAACCAUGUUGGCAUGUGACUGUAAUCACAUCUAUAUCAGAUUGGGUAAGGAUGGCAGGUUUCCUUCCCUAAAUGAAAUGAAUGAACCAUUCCAAUAGCUUCACGAUCACUUUUACUGAUACCAGAUUUACAUCCAGAUUCUUUUUAUUUUGAGCUGAAUUCAAAUUCUCAGAUAUGGCAGGAUUUGAACUCCCAUUAUCUAGGUUACUAAUCCAGACCUCUGUUGCCAGUCGAGUAACACAGCCAUCAUAUCUGUAAGGAUCAGAACUCAGCAAUAUGAAGGAUCAACAACCUAUCAACAAGCUCAAAAUAAUCGAGUAGAAUCUGAGAAACUCCAGUUCAGAAAGAAGCUGAGUUUCUGUUUGUGUCAGUGCACGUCUCACCAUUGAAGCAAUCUAAUGAAAUCUGAGGGAUACUGAGGAAGUGCAGCAGUGUCUGAGGUUCUGCCCUUUGAAUUGGGUAUUAAAGUGAAGACCUUUCUGCCUUUUCAAAUGGACAUGGAAGGUCCCAUGGCACUGUUUGAAGAAAAGGAGCGAAUGCUCCCAAUAUCUUGGCCAAUAAAUUGAUCCCACAACUAAUGACACCAAAAAGUAUACUUUAGCUAUCCAUUUGUCUUAUUGCUGUGUGAAAAAUUUUGCUCUGUGGCAGAUGACUGCUCACGUGCAGAGCCACAGGGACCACAUUUCAAACCAAUUAAUUGCUUGCAAAACAAUUUGGGUCUUCCUGAGAAAUAAAAAGGUGCAUUAAUAAAUGUAAGUUUUAUUUUUGGCCACUUUGCCGCUACUGGUUGUGGUCCUUACCCUGCCAGUGGAGUUGUGGCUGUACCAGUUGGAAGAGUUCAGUGAUAAUCUCCUAAGUGAAGUACAGGCAUCUCAGAUAUUAGUUGUUGCUGAGGUUCAAGUAACAGAAUUGCUCAGAACGCUCAGGGCAGACAUGGCCUCCUGCUGAGAGCCCUUUCCUCCUCCAUCAUCCAGCAGCUUGCCCUGCUCUCCUCAUUCUCCCAGUCUUGCUUAAUUCCAGGAAGACAGCCUACUAGUGCACCCAUGUGUGAGCAACUGGUUUGUGCAGAAGGGUGAAAGUGAGCAAAAAGGGCUUCAACACCUGUCAUACCUGCAGACUAUUGCAACUUGAGGCAACAAUGGAAAGCACCAAAACAUGGAGAGUUGCAGCAAAACCCAGAAGAAAUCAACCAACAGCUAAUCUGUAAGUAGUUGAUGGUCCCUUUAAAUAGCACUGAUAGGGGUCCUUCAUGUUGCUUAACGCAAUUUCAGCUAUAUGAGCUUGAGGUAAUCAGCUGGAAAUCUGAGCUACACAAUGGCAAUGCUGGCAUCAAAUCAGUGUUGCACCCUGAUUGACAUUAUGAUCUGCAUACUCUGCAUGACCUAACAACUUUCCUAAGUUAACACCUGGCAUGCUUCACAUCAGAAGGAUAAGGGGUAGGCCAUUUAAGAUUGAGAUAAGGAGGAAUUUCUUCACUCAGGAUGAUGAAUCUUUGAAAUUUUCUACCCCAGAAGGCUGUGGAAGCUCAAUC